AUGCGAGCCAGCCUUCUUCAUUUGAUGUCAUCAGUCACGAUGAUUGUUGCUGUAAGCUUGAACCCGACCAAGUCUUUGAAGCAAGAGCUAACUGAUCAGGCUGUUAUUCCCGCGGAUGUGCCCAAGGGCUACGGGCUGUACAUUCCCGAAUGGGAGUUUCAGACUCCAGAAGGAGAGAACAUCACCAUCAAGGGUACAAUCCAAGAGGUCUAUGCUACCCUCGGUAGUCUUAAUCCUCAGAUGGCCCAGAUGAAUGGCUUCGACCUUGAAGCAAUUUCGAAUAUUGCUCGUAGUGACGUGGAGAAGCGCGCCAAAUUUCCCAGGGUCGAUUGCCAGAGCUUAGAGGAGGGUCACACCGACAUGUAUGAGACGACCAUGGAAUACCUCAGGAAAGUUCCAGGGAAACCGAAGAACUCUGCUGGCCCGAGAGAAUGUGGCCGCGUUAGCUGUGCUUGGAAGAGCGCGACUUGGUGGUGCAAUGAUGCUCUGGAGGAGAAGGAGCUUAGUUCAUUCGGUGAAAUUGCCGAUGGCGUACAAGUGAUCUAUCACGAAUGCACCGACGUCGAUAAACACUACUGGUGGUCCUCUGGUGAAGCUUACACCGAUGAUGAUUGGAGUGUCCAAUUUGGGUACGCACCAUGCUAG